AUGGUGCAUUGGCCAGGUCGGUCAGUAUCGGAACUUCAAAUGCAAAUGCUGGACAUGGACGUAGACGUGGACGUGGACAUGGACGUAGACGUGGACGUGGACGUAGACGUAGACGUGGACGUGGACGUGGACGUGGUCGUGGACGUGGACGUAGACAUGGACGUGGACGUGGACGUCGACCUGGACGUGGACGUGGACGUGGACAUGGACGUGGACGUGGACUUGGACGUGGACAUGGACAUGGACGUGGACGUGGACGUGGAUGUGGACGUCGACGUGGACGUGGACGUGGACGUGGACGUGGACAUGGACGUGGAUGUGGACGUGGACGUGGACGUGGACAUGGACGUGAAGGUGGACGUGGACAUGGACGUGGAGGUGGACGUGGACAUGGACGUAGACAUGGUCGUGGACGUGCACAUGGACGUGGUCGUAGACGUGGACAUGGACGUAGACGUGGACGUGGACGUGGACGUGGUCGUGGACGUGGUCGUGGACGUGGACGUGGACAAGGACGUGGACGUGGACAUGGACGUGGACGUGGAGGUGGACGUGGAUGUUGACGUGGACGUGGACGUGGAGAUGGACGUGGACGUGGACAUGGACCUAUACGUGGACGUGGACGUGGACGUGGACGUGGACGUGGACGUAGACGUGGACGUGGACGUGGACGUGGACGUGGACAUGGACGUCGACAUAGACGUGGACGUGGACAUGGACGUGGACGUGGACGUGGACAUGGACGUGGACGUGGACUUGGACAUGGACAUGGACGUGGACGUAGACGUGGACGUGGAUGUGGACGUGGACAUGGACAUGGACGUGGACGUAGACAUGGACGUGGACAUGGACGUGGACGUGGAGGACUUGGACGUGGACAUGGACGUGGACGUGGACGUGGACGUGGACGAAGACAUGGUCGUGGACGUGGACGUGGACGUGGACGUGGACAUGGACGUGGACGUGGACGUGGACGUGGACGUGGACAUGGACGUGGACGUGGACGUGGACAUGGACAUGAACAUGGACGUGGACGUGGACGUGGACAUGGUCGUGGACGUGGACGUGAACGUGGACGUGGACGUGGACGUGGUCGUGGACGUGGACGUGGACGUGGACAUGGUCGUGGACGUGGACAUGGACGUGGAGGACUUGGACGUGGACAUAGACGUAGACGUGGACGUAGACAUGGACGUGGACAUGGACGUGGACGUGGACGUGGAGGACCUGGACGUGGACAUGGACGUGAACGUGGACGUGGACGUGGACGAAGACGUGGUCGUGGACGUGGACGUGGACAUGGACGUGGACGUGGAGGUGGACGUGGACGUGGACGUGGACAUGUACGUGGACGUGGACGUGGACGACUUGGACGUGGACAUGGACGUGGACGUGGACGUGGACGUGCACGUGGACGUGGAGAACAUGGACGUGGACAUGGACGUGAACGUGGACGUGGACGUGAACGUGGACGUGAACGUGGACGUGGACGUGGACGUGGACGUGGACGUGGACGUAGUCGUGGACAUGGACGUGGACAUGGACGUGGACAUGGACGUGGUCGUGGACGUGGACAUGGACGUGGACGUGGACGUGGACAUGGUCGUGGACAUGGACGUGGACGUGGACGUGGACGUCGACGUGGUAAUGGCGAUGGACGUGGACAUGGACGUGGACGUGGACGUGGAGGUGGACGUGACGUGGACGUGGACGACGUGGACGUGA